AUGGAAACCAAAGUUGAUAAACCUAUUUUGGAAAGGGUUGGUAGACGAAUUCAAUUUACUAAUCUUUUCAUUGUUCCUCGUAUUAAUUCAGGUGGUGGUCUUGCAUUGUAUUGGAAAUCUGAGCUUGUUGUGGAUGUUCAAUCUUUUUCAAAUCGCCACAUUGAUGCUUUUAUUAACCAUGGAGCGGAUGACGCCUGGCGUUUCACAGGUUUCUAUGGAGAUCCUGAGACUGCCAGCCGGGAAAACUCCUGGUCUUUACUUCGAGAGUUGAGCCGCCGUUCAACUUUGCCUUGGGUUUGUAUGGGGGAUUUCAAUGAGAUUUUGUUUGCUGAUGAGAAAUUGGGAUGGUUGGAUAGGCCAGAGAGACAAAUGCAGAGUUUUAGGGAUGCCUUAGACUACUGUAGACUGAAAGACCUUGGCUUCAAUGGAUACCCUUUCACUUGGUGUAAUCGUAGGCCAGAUUCUGAGUAUAAGCGAUUUUAUAGAAGGGGCAAACCGUUCCGUUUUGAAGCUAUGUGGUUAAAAGACCUAUCAUGUGAAUCGGUGAUUAAAGAUGCUUGGGGUGAACAUGCUGUGUCUGAAUCGGUCUGGGUAUUCCAAAAAAAGAUUGCGGCUUGCCAAAAUAAUUUGAAGGUGUGGAACAAAAAUUGUUUUGGGCAUGUCCGUAACUCUUUAAAAAAGAAACUUAAAGAAUUGCAGGAGGCAGAAGAAGGUGGGAGUUAUCGAACUAACCCUAGGAGAAUCUACAUGUUGAGGGAAGAAAUACAAAGGCUGAAAAAUAGGGAAGAAUGCAUGUGGAAGCAGCGGUCUCGGAAUGCUUGGCUCAAGGAAGGUGAUAGCAAUUCUCGUUUUUUCCAUUGUCGGACUAAUCAGAGGAAUCAGAGAAAUUUUAUCACAGGUUUGGAGGAUAAUGAUGGGGUGUGGAGAGAGGAUGAGGGCCGAAUGGGAGGCAUCAUUGAGGAUUAUUUCAGGGACAUCUUUACUACAUCCAAUCCUUCAGGAUUUGAGGAAAUUUUGGGUGGUGUUCACUCGGCCAUAUCUGAGGAGGAUGCAGGGUUGCUAGGCCGUGACUUCCAAGCUAGUGAGGUUAAGCUUGCUCUUGAUCAAAUGGCCCCUCUUACCGCCCCUGGACCUGAUGGUAUGUCCCCUAUCUUUUAUAAAUCUUUUUGGCACAUUGUGGGUAGAGAUGUUACUUCUGUGGUGCUUAAUGCUCUUAAUUCUGGUGUAGUCCCUGAGUCGUUAAACUCCACUUUUAUUGCUUUAAUCCCAAAAGUAAAACACCCUAAGAAAGUGGCAGAUUUUCGCCCUAUCAGUUUGUGUAAUGUGGUUUAUAAACUGAUUUCUAAGGUUUUGGUCAAUCGUUUGAAAAAAUUCCUUGCCUGUGCUAUUCCGAAAACUCAGAAUGCAUUUUUAUCAGGUAGACUUAUUUCAGAUAACGUUCUUGUGGCCUUUGAAACUCUUCACUAUCUUAAGAGGAAAACCAUUGGGAAGGUAGGUCAGAUGGCUUUGAAACUUGAUAUGAGUAAGGCUUAUGACAGGGUAGAAUGGGAAUUUUUGGAGCGGGCUAUGCGGCAUCUUGGGCUGGGGGAGAGGUUUGUGUCUCUCAUUAUGUCUUGCAUUAGCACUGUGACCUAUUCAGUUCUGGUGAAUGGUCAGCCUGUUGGUAAUAUCAAACCUAGUCGUGGUCUACGUCAAGGAGAUCCUCUAUCCCCCUAUCUUUUCCUGAUGUGUGCCAUGGGUUUACAAAGUCUGUUGCAUAAAGCUGAAAUGGAGGGGCAUAUCAGGGGUGUGGCCAUCUGUAGGAAUGGUCCAAAAAUCUCUCAUUUGUUCUUUGCAGAUGAUAGCAUGCUGUUUUGUAGUGCUAAAGAAGCUGAGUGCCAAAAGAUUCUUGAUAUUCUGGCUGUUUAUGAGAGAGGGUCAGGGCAAAAAAUUAACCGGGAGAAAACUAAUUUAUUUUUUAGUUCCAAUACUCCUUCUGAGGUCCAAGUUCGGAUUCAGCAGAUUUUGGGUGUCCCUUCUAUCCGUCAAUUUGAGAAAUAUUUGGGUUUGCCGGCUUUGGUUGGUAGGGCAAAAAAACAAAGUUUCAUCUACAUCAAAGAAAGGGUAUGGAAAAAGCUUCAGGGGUGGAAAGAAAAAUUAUUGUCUCAGGCGGGCAGGGAAGUGCUGAUUAAGUCAGUAAUUCAGGCGAUCCCGACUUACACCAUGUGUUGCUUUAAACUUCCGAAGGGCCUUGUAAGGGACCUGGAAAGCGUGAUCCGCAAAUUUUGGUGGGGAUAUAGUGUAGAGCAUCGGAAAACCCACUGGGUAAAAUGGGAACGAUUAUGUGAAGCCAAAGAAGUAGGUGGGCUGGGAUUUAGAGAGAUUGAAAAAUUUAAUGAUGCCUUAUUGGCUAAACAAGUCUGGAGAAUGAUCCAUAAUACUGAUUCUCUUUGUCAUCGUGUUUUUAAGGCACGGUUCUUCCCGGAUUGCUCCAUUUUAGAUGCAAAAGAGUCAAGUUCCGGUUCCUAUGCAUGGAAAAGUAUUAUUGGUGCUAGAGAUGUAAUUCGAAAAGGUAUGGUUUGGCGUAUUGGGACAGGGGAGGCAGUGCGUAUUAAGGAGGAUAGGUGGCUGCCUGGACGUGUUCACGGUACAGUCAUUUCUCCCCUUCCUUCUAUGGCCCCGGAAGUGAAAGUGAGUUCCUUGAUUGAUCCAGAAAGAGUAGCCUGGAAAACAGAGGUUGUGCAGCAACUAUUUCUACCCCAUGAAGCCGACAUGAUCUUGGGCAUUCCAUUGAGCUCUCGACGCCCCGAUGAUCGCAUUACUUGGGCACACACACCAUCUGGUAUGUUUACUUCCUGUAGUGCUUAUAAGCUACUGGUUUCUUGUGAUAUCUCUACUAGUGCAGGUGCAUCUAAUCCGGACAGCCAGAAAAAAUUCUGGAAAGGUAUCUGGCAGCUUCGGGUACCCAACAAAAUAAGGCAUUUUGCGUGGAGAAUUUGCAACAAUGCUCUGCCUACACUGGUCAAUCUUCACCGACGCAGCAUUGUGCCUAGUCCGAUCUGUGCCCAGUGCCAAAACUAUCCUGAAGACUCUCUCCAUGCAAUAUGGUGCUGCGAAACCAUCAAAGGAGCUUGGGCGGCCUUGGAGUGGAUCCGUCAAACUGCACCGCCACAGCCUGCAUCCUUUAGCGAACUUCUAGCUGGAUUCCUGUCCUGUGGAGAAGAAUUCAGAGCUGAGAUCUUCGUGACCAGUGCGUGGUUCCUCUGGAAUAGAAGGAAUGCUGUCCAUUUUGGACGGCCCUCAUUGCCUGUGGAUAGCAUAUGCAACAGAGCAGGAAACUACUUGCAGGAAUUUUUGCAAGCCCAGAUAGAAGAGCCAAUUCCAAUUCGUCUUCCUCCCAGUCAGCAGUGGCGUCCUCCGAAUCAUCAUUGUUUAAAAAUAAAUUUCGAUGCAGCGGUGUUUCGUCGACCAAGUAAGGCGGGCAUUGGUGUCGUUAUCCGCAACAAUGCAGGUGAAGUUGAAGGUGCUCUGUCCUCGUCCAUUCCUAUGGCCCAUUCGGUGGCUGAUCUUGAAGCCUUAGCAUGUUUGAAGGCUGUCUAG